AUGACUGCAAAUCAUUUGGUCGCUGAAUCCGUGUGGAAAACUAUAGCGUCAACUCAUUCAGUAAUUGAGGAGCGGCUAUCAAUCUUGCAUUUCUUGUUUGGUAAAAACUUUGAGAAAGCAACUAGGAUAGCGUACCAAAGGGGUAUCAAGAAGAUCUCCGGUGAACCCACUGGUCGUUCCAUCCUUCAGAUUGUGGGAGAAUCAAGGAGGAAAGAGGAGUAUUUCUGUUUUGCUGAAAAUAAUUGUGCUUGUUAUUCAUUCUUUUAUGAUAUAUGUAAGCAUCGAUUAGCUGCAAGAUUUGCUGGAUCAUUGGGAGCUUGUAUUGAAGUUAAAGUGUCUGAUGAGCAGCUUAGCAUUAUUGCUUUCAGAACUCUAGAUCUGGGUAAUGAAAUAAUAACUCCUUUUUUGAGAAAAUUAGAAUCUUCUUUGAAUGUUUUUUCCUGCAAUUUAUAG